GUCGGCAGUCGUCACGGGGAAAGCAUCAGAUAAGCCUUCGAGGCGGGAAAUACUUUUGGCGGGAAGUCCGUGUAGUGCAGUGUCUCUAGUAGUACCAGGAUCGUAGGUGUUCAAGUGAAAGGAUUAGCGAUGUCUACCAAGCAGUAUCCGAGAACAAACACCAAUGGAUUACCGGCGGAAAAUUUGAACGUGGCUGUCGUUGGGGGAGGACUGGUUGGCUCCCUGCUGGCACUGCAUCUUGGCAAAAAGGGCCAUGAGGUGGACCUGUUCGAGUACAGAGAAGACAUCCGCACCGCCGAGCUGGUCGUCGGCAGGAGCAUCAACCUGGCGCUGUCGGCACGAGGCCGCAAGGCGCUGGCCGAGGUGGGCCUCGAGGAGGCCCUGCUGAGCCACGGCAUUCCGAUGCGGGGCCGCAUGUUACACGAUCUCAAAGGGAACUGCAAAGUUGUGCCGUACGAUGCCAACACGAACCAGUGCAUCUACUCGGUCGGCCGUAAGCAUCUGAACGAGGUUCUGCUGAACGCCGCCGAAAAGUACCCCAACAUUCACCUUCACUUCAACCACAAGCUGCAGCAGGCCAAUUUGGACGAGGGAAGCCUACGAUUUGUCGAUCCCCUGACCAAAGAAACCACGGAAAAACAGGCCGAUCUGAUCGUGGGCUGCGACGGAGCGUACAGUGCGGUCCGCAAGGAGGUCAUCAAACGUCCGGGGUACGACUUCAGCCAGACGUACAUCGAGCACGGCUACCUGGAGCUGUGCAUUCCACCGACCAAGGAUGGACAGUUUGCGAUGCCCCACAACUACCUGCACAUCUGGCCCCGCGGCAAGUUCAUGAUGAUCGCCCUGCCCAACCAGGACCGCACCUGGACCGUGACGCUGUUCAUGCCGUUCACCAACUUUUACAGUAUUAAGUGCGAGUCGGACCUGCUGGCGUUCUUCCGGCAGCACUUCCCGGACGCGAUCGACCUGAUUGGGCGCGAACGGUUGAUCAAGGAUUUCUUCAAGAUCGCCCCCCAGACGCUGGUCAUGAUCAAGUGCAAACCGUACAAUGUGGGAGGGAAGGCACUGAUCAUCGGGGAUGCGGCACACGCCAUGGUUCCGUUCUACGGGCAGGGCAUGAACGCUGGCUUCGAGGAUUGUACCGUGCUGUCACAGCUGUUCAACAAGCACGGAUCGGACGUUGAUCAGAUCCUGAAGGAGUUUAGCGAAACUCGGUGGGAGGACGCCCACGCGAUCUGCGAUUUGGCCAUGUACAACUACAUCGAGAUGCGCGACCUCGUAACGAAGCGAUCGUACCUGCUGCGCAAGAAGCUGGACGAGCUGCUGUUCUGGCUGAUGCCCAAUACGUGGGUGCCGCUGUACAACUCCGUUUCCUUCUCCCACAUGCGCUACAGCAAGUGUAUAGCGAACCGAAAGUGGCAGGAUAAGAUUCUAACGCGCGUCCUGUACUGCUCAUCCGUGGCAGCCGUUGGUGCCGCCGGAAUAUUCGCCUACCGGUUCAGCAGCACCGCUCAGUUUGAACAGCUCUCGUCGGCCGUUCUCAAGUGGAUCAAGUUCUGAGGUUUAACAUUCCCUAACUUAGAGAACUUUUGCUUUAUCUUUACUUUACAUAAUUAACUAAGCUACGCUAAAUAUCAUGCAAUAUCCGUGUACCAGUGAUGUUCAAACGUUUGCGGCGCAUUUUUUUUAACUAGUGUGUUGUAUUUCUACAGCGGUGACUGUACGUUGCAAUUACUAUGAGAAAUAAAUAAUCGUGAGUGUAAUAGGUGAA